AUGGGGAUGACCUACCUGUGUCGCUUGGCCAUCAGUGUUGGGUUCAUUGGGGUUAAGGAUGAAGAUGCACAACUGAAGCUACUCAUAGAAGAAAAACGUCUCCAUCAGCUCUUCAGAGCCAGGCAAGAAAAGCAAGGCAGGCUGGCAUUUACAGAGACAGAUAAGAGCGAUGUGGGGACACGCAGCUGCCAUGAUAAGUACACAUGCACAAAGGAAGGUCUACAGAGAACCCAGAGACAAAGGUCACAGGUCACCCACCUCAGCCAGGCCAGCAGCAUCUGCAAGAUCCCCAGUGGCCCUACCCUUUCCUUCCUGAUGGCCCUGGUGGUGCUCAGCUGCCACUCCAUCUGCUGUCUGGGAUGUGACCUGCCUCACACCCACAGCCUGGGCAACACAAGGGUCUUGAUGCUCCUGGAACAAAUGAGGAGAAUCCCCGCCCUCUCCUGCCUUAAGGACAGAAACAACUUUGGAUUCUCCCAAGAGGUAUUUGAUGGCAACCAGUUCCAGAAGGCUCAAGCCGUCUCUGUGGUCCAUGAGAUGAUCCAGCAGAUCUUCCACCUCUUCAGCACAGAGGGCUCGUCUGCUGCCUGGGAUGAGACCCUCCUGGAUAAAUUCUACACUGGACUUGAUCAGCAGCUGACUGACCUGGAAGCCUGUCUGACCCAGGAGGUGGGGGUGGAAGAGACUCCCCUGAUGAAUGUGGACUCCACGCUGGCUGUGAGGAGAUACUUCCAAAGAAACACUCUGUAUCUGCAAAAGAAGAAAUACAGCCCUUGUGCCUGGGAGACUGUCAGAGCAGAAAUCAUGAGAUCCUUCUCUUCAUCAACAAACUUGCAAGAAAGGUUAAGAAGUAAGGAAUGA